AUGUUGUGCACGAAGGGUUGUGCAGCAUGGGAACAGGCACUCGAGACAAGUUGUCAGUCAAUUUGCAAUGGUACACAAGAGCUGUUGCCUCCGAAGGAGCUCUACUGCGUCCUGGGGUGUCACGAUGCGCUCAACCGCUACUUUCAGCAGCUCAAAGUGGAAAUUGGCGUUCCACCGGCUCCAGCUCUCGUUGCCGACUCAUUGACAGCGACUUCCUUGCGACUCGAGUGGAAAGGCGUCAAUAUCAAAAGACGCGCCAUUGGAAUUUCGUACUUGGUGCAAUGGAGAUACGAGGAGCUAGCGGAAACUUGGCAGUACUGUCGAAAUCAAUCCUGGGGAGAAGAUGACCAGAUCCUAGUCGAGAAUCUUCAACCCUACACCAAAUACAGAUUUCGCGUAGCACUGCUAUUGAAAUCAUCCCAGCACAAUCCUGAGCCGAUAGUAUCAGCUCCAAGUGUUGUUAUAUUGACAUUGGCAGCUGGUAGACCAACCUCAGCACCAGUAAUUGUAAGAGCAGCAGCAGUAGACAGUUACCGUGUCUCUGUAUCAUGGGAGCCUGGCCCAUUUCCCAAUGGCCCAUUAUUAUCCUAUGUAUUGCAAUUACAAGGGGCUAACAACGACUCCCUUAACAAGGAUAUUGCAGCGAGCGACAACACUGAUCACUACAUGUUCCAAAAUUUGAAGCCCAAUCAAAAUUACUCGGUCAGUGUUUCUAUGAGGAAUGCUAUUGGUGAUGGACCACCGGCAGUUCUUUACAUUACUACACCACCGGAACCAGCUGUAAAAGACACUCAACUACCGAUUCUCAUCUUGGGUGGUGAGCACGUAGUCCUGAAACAAGGUGCAGACAUGCUAGAUGAACCCAGUGUGAUAUACCGAGCAACGAGUAAAAUUCGGGGAGUGGCAAUUCAUGUGGGUUCAGCUCAAGUAUUCAUAUCAGACUCAAUGGGUUACGUCUACCGUACCUCGAUAUUCGAAACGGAAGAGCCGCGAGUAAUUCUCAGACCAGAUCAAUCGAAUUUCAAGCCCCUGAGCCUCUCAGUUGACUGGCUAAACUCGCAUUUGUAUAUCGUCGGUGAAGUUAACCAUGCAACGACCGUUUGGCAGAUAGCGAGGUGUGCCCUGGAUGGCAAGGGUUUGACAGUGGCAAAGGCAGGUUUCAUGACAAAACCCACGCACAUCGAGGUGGACCCGUACAAUGGCUACCUCUUUUGGAUGACGAGGGCUGGAUUAUUCCGGCUAGACCUGGCCGACAUCAGUAACGGAAUAAAACACGAAGUCCAGCCCUACCUGAUGUUGGAGGACAGGCAUCUAGGGGCCUUCACAGUCGACCAUACCAAUUUUCGACUUUUGGUACCUGAUCAGACGAAAAAUACUGUAAUUUCGGUGUCCCUGGACGGACGGGAGACCCUCAAUCUGCGAACGAACACUCAACAACCGAAAUUCAAGAAUGUUCUGUCCCUGGCGAUGGCCAAUGGUCUUUUCUACUGGACAAACGGUAAGGAAGUCCUCACAGAGGGCUAUCACGAAGGCCAAAAGCUUUACUUCCACAAUGCGUAUCCAGAUAGAUCGGACGGUUCUUUCGUCAGUGUCAGUGUUCUCAUGAAUGCCAGUCAGCCGAUCCCAGUCCCAGUGAAUCCACCGACUGGAGUUCAGGCAGUUCUGGGCGCUGAAAGAGCAAAGGUCUCCUGGCAGGCACCCCAUCUUCUAGGAGGACAGGGAAAGGGAGCCUGGCAGAACUGGUCGUACGAGCUCGAGAUUAAGGACGAGAGUACCGGUCAUACCAUUCGCCAACGCCAUAUUGCAGCCUCUUCGCACACUGUCAAGAACCUUCGGGAGAAAUCCGAAUACACAAUAAAAGCUGCUGCCUAUACCAAAGCCGGCAGGGGACCCUGGUCCUCGGAGUUCCGCGGAAAAACCCUCAGCGAAAAUUCCCACGCCUCGAUCCUCUGGUCUGCCGACGAGGGGUUCCUCAAGAGCGAUGUCACUGGGGAAAACGUCCAGACGCUGAUUCACAGGGAGAGUCUCAGGGACUUUGAUAGUGAGUAUCAUAUCGUUGACGUCAGCUGGUACAAGGAUAUUUUGUACAUCGUUGGAAAUAAUUCGGCGUUGUACAAAUAUAAUAUAACUAGUCAUCAGAAAACCAAGUUCAAUAUAAAUUCAGUGGGGAGUGUAGCUGUGGAUUGGAUAGCCAAGAAACUAUACUGGGCCAACCCGAAGCAGCAAAUUAUUACGAGGGCCAAUCUCAAUGGGACUCAGCAGGAGCCCAUGUCCAUUCUGGCGAUCGUCAAGGAGCUCAUCAUCGAUUCCCAAGAGGCUUAUCUCUACUGGUCAACGGGGCAUGCUGUUGAGGUGGCUAGACUGAAUGGCUUGGACAGGAGAUACUACCACUCAGACGAGAUUUUCAAUGGUAAACAAGUAAUGGGUCUUACCCUAGACACUGAAAAUCGUUAUGUCUACUGGAUAGUCCGGAGUUAUGAGAGUGGCUCGAUAGUGUAUCGGGCCCCCACUUCGGAGAAGAUACCCAUGAGCCAGAGAAUCGUGCCAGCGAAGGUUUCCACUUUGCAGCAUCCCAACAUGCAGGGCCCCUUGUGCUAUUUCUCGGAACAUCUCCUUUGGCUCCAGGACGAUCGAAACGCUGUCAUCGGGGAUCUCACUGGGCAGAAUACAGCAGUGAUCAAUGGCAUCAGCUUGAUAGGACUUCACAUGGUGGCUGUGGUGGAUCCAGCCCUUUAUCAGUACCCGGAGAACCUUACAUCAGAAACUAUCUCGGUGAUUCCAAAGGCUGUUGCACUGGACAGUAUAAGAGUAGAGGGCACUUGGAGAAACUUCAGCGUCUCCUGGGAACCCGUUACCAAUAUCAACUAUGGAACUGUCUUCUAUGAGGUCAAAUUUACGGAUUAUAUCAAUACAAACUCCCAUCCUGAUCUAACAACGGAGACAACAUUACCCUAUAACAAUUCAGAUCAGAUCCUUCCUUUCUCUAUCCUGGAGGUCACUGUCAAGGCAUUUACGUACUGGGGAACGGCCCCGCUUUCCAUAAAAAUGUUGAGAUCUCCCCAGAGUGUACCGAGCCAACCCACCAACGUCAGGGCAUUUGUCGAGCACUACAAGGCCCCCACCAUCGACGAAGUCAAUAUUUUUGCGACGUUCAGGUGGAAUCCCCCGGAGUUUCCGAACGGUAUCAUCAAGGGCUACUCUCUCAAGUGCUGGUUCAUGGCUAAUGGCAUUGAGAUUCACGUGUGCCAGGGUGUUCAGGUGGGGCACAACACUAGGGAAUAUAUAUCCUACAAUUUGAAAUCAAAGACAACAUAUUUUUUUGAAGUUCAAGCAUUCACUGAGAUCGGGCCAGGUCCCUUCUCCGAUGUCAUCGAAAUUUCAACUGAAAUCGAGCAUCCAGUACCACAACUUCUCGUUGCCACUGCAGACUCAGUGAAAUUAGCAGACCUCGACGUAGGGACCAACGAAACCCUUACGAUACACAUCGCUGUGGAAGUGAGGUACAUAACAGCUGAGAAGAAGCUCUACUGGAUAAACGAGAUGCAGGAGAUUGUGACAGCGGAUCCCAAAGGCAGAAAUGCCACGAAGAUUAUGCCGUUAAAUGGAACAGCGUCGAGUCUAGCCAUCGACUGGGUUGCGCGGAAUCUCUACUGGGCAGAGUCCCGCAGAAAAGUCGGAGGAAGCAGGAUAAUGAAGCUGGACUUGAACGCCUGGGAGGGGGGGAGUCUCAUCUACGAGAGGAUUAUCACGAGUGAGAGGAGAAUAAUCAAUCUGGAGGUAUCUCCACUGACAGGAGAUCUCUUCUGGAUCGAGGUAACAGAGGGCAAUCACGGAAUAAUCAUGCAGUCCAAUUUGUCCGGUGAGGACGUUAGACCCUUCUUCAACCACAACGAGGACUGCAGGUGUCCCUACAGACCGUUAAUCAAGGACGUGAUGACAGUGGACAGCACUGAUCCCCAAAAUCCAGUGAUGUAUUGGGUCUCUUUGGAGGGUAAUCUCAAUAUUGCUGAGAUCGACGGAUGUGGCUGUGACCUGGUGGUCAAGCCAGGGUUCAACAGAGGACUGCCUCCUUCAUCCCUUUCCACCGACAAGAUCAAUAUAUACUGGUCCAACUGGGCCGAUGACGAGAUUCACUUCGUCAAGAAGAACAAUCCUUAUCAGGAGGAGCAGAAGAUCGAACGAAUCUACCUGGCGAAUAUCAAAGGACUCAAGGCCAUUGGUCAAUCUCUCCAACCGUAUCCCGAUUUUAACUGCUUAAAACCUUAUCCCAUGUCCUACUCUGUAUCUGAAGUGUCCAAGAGUGCUAAUAGCAUAAAAAUCAGACUUCCAAAGCCUAAAUCAGACUUAGGCUGCAUGAGGCAGAAUCUUCCAGGGGUUCAGUACAAAAUUUACGUGUCUCAGUGCACAGAAGAUACGGUCAACGCCCAAAUGAUAUGCGAUAACGAGAAGAUAAAAAUUCGCACGUACCAGAGAGAGAUCGAAGUGACGAAUCUCAAACCCUUCACCUUCUACCAAUUCACGUUAUGGUUGAGCAAUUAUUAUAGGGACUUGGAGGCCUCAAACCCUGAGUCGGGUUUCCCAGUGAUGCUGAGGACAGCCCCUGGGGCCCCAUCGGCACCAGAGAACGUCACUGUGGAGGCACUAACCCCGACACUAGCUGCGGUUUCUUGGCUUCCCCCGAAAAUUCUGAAUGCUGCUGCAGUCAGAUAUGAGAUUCACUGGAGAUCCCAGAAGCUGGUGAACGGGGUACGUCAGAAGGGUGAGCAGUUAAUCAAGAGUGAGGUGCCGGCUGGGAGGUACUCAACCACUCUUCAGCCCUUAAUACCCGGACAGGAUUACGUUGUGAUUGUCAGGGCGUAUCCAGCUGAUUCCUCAGACAUUUGGAGUGAGAGCCAGGGCCAGGUCGUCAGUAUGUACCCAGAACCGAAUAAUCUGACACUGGUGGGCGUCAGUAUCAACGCCAUGAACCUCUCCUGGGUGCCCCUUGAUUUAACAAGCAAUUACAGCCUUCAGUUCACCACUGUCGGGUUAGAAAAAUGGCAAAUUGCCACUUACCAUGAAAUCCAGAGAAAUACAACUGUUUAUCAUAUCAAAGGGCUUCUCUCCAAGACUUUUUACAAAUUCAGAUUGAUUCUUCGGUAUCCCAAGCACAAGCAGGACUUCAUCUGGCCAACAGACGGGAGAUUCACAUUCCAAACUCUCGGAGAUGUUCCCAGUCCCCCUGGAGUACCCUCUGUCACGAAACUUCGAACUUCUGUGUACCAGAUCAACUGGGAACCCGCUCAGGCUCAUGGUUCUCCAGUGAAGAUGUACAGGCUCCAGGGGAGGAUUUAUGGGGAUUCUGAAGAGCGUGGAAAAACCGAACAGUGGACUGGUUAUUACAAUGGAAGUGAUAAUUACUGGAUAAUCGUUGGGGAAAUGAAUCACAAGUACAAUUUUAGGGUUCAAGCUGAAAAUGCUUAUGGAUUUGGAGGAUGGAGUCAGGCCAGUGCUGUUAUUGAUCUGACAGAUACCAUUGGGACGACUGUAGCAGGACAGCAACACCUGGGGCUGGUCCUCGGUCUGAGUGUUCCUGUCGUGACCAUCGUCCUCCUGUGCUUCUGCUACUUCCUCUGUUUAUACAACAAACAGAGAAAAGAAGUUAAAAAGACAAUUCUCCCUCCAAUCGUCUCUGACGUGGAGCUAGCAACACUCAGGGAAAUCCCUCGAGGUAAUUUCGUACAAUCGAAUGCUCUUUAUGCCUCAUCGAUGCAGAAUGAGCACGAUGACCAGUCCCUCCCGAAAAUCCGUAGAGAUCAAAUCAUCAGGAUAGCCUUUUUGGGGAGUGGAGCUUUCGGUGAGGUGCACAAAGGAGAGGCCAAGGGUCUCGACGGUCCGGGAGUCACUCCAGUGGCUAUUAAAACCCUGAGGAAGGGAGCCUCCACUCAAGAGAAGACGGAGUUCAUUCAGGAGGCUAUUCUUAUGAGUCAAUUCAGACAUAAGAAUGUUUUGAGAUUGCUGGGGGUUUGCCAGGACAUCGAUGGACCUCAGCUCGUCCUCGAACUCAUGGAGGCAGGGGAUUUAUUGUCGUACUUGAGAAACAGCAGGAGGAAUCCUCCGCCUGAUCCUCCACUUGAGCCUCUGAAACUUCAGGAUUUACUCGCAAUGUGUGAGGAUGUUGCCAGGGGCUGCAGAUAUCUGGAGGAACGGCAUUUUGUUCAUCGGGAUUUGGCCUGUAGGAAUUGUUUGGUGUCUGCUCAGGAUCGGGAAAAUAGAGUUGUGAAAAUUGGAGACUUUGGACUUGCCAGAGAUAUUUAUAAGAAUGAUUACUACAGGAAGGAGGGGGAGGGCCUGUUGCCUGUUCGCUGGAUGGCACCUGAGUCCUUGAUCGAUGGAGUGUUCACGAGUCAGAGUGAUGUUUGGGCAUUUGGAAUACUCAUGUGGGAGAUUACGUCCCUCGGACAGCAGCCGUAUGCUGCAAGGAGUAAUCAGGAGGUCCUUCAGUAUGUAAAGAAUGGAGGGAGACUGACCCAGCCUGACAACUGCCCUGAUCAGCUCUAUGACCUUAUGCAGCGGUGCUGGAGCGAGGCCGAGGCUAGGCCAAGUUUUAAGACUUGCUUAGAGAGGAUUACUAUUCUCAAGAAAAAUACUCCUGAUGCUAUUCUCAGCCCUAUCCAGCCUGGACUUUAUCCCACUAAAGGAGGCGUGUCUAACAUGGCUUACUUUGCUGACGAGAAUCAAAAUCAUAAUAAUUCAGGAAACUCGUGGAAGUCAAGUAGCUCCGAAGGCAGUCGUGACAUGAAGCCCUUCCUCCAGGACUCAACAACACCAACUAUCACCCAAAUAUCCACAGAGGUAGACAUACCGAAGUAUCUCGAGAUAAUAGCAGAUGCUCCUGGCAAUAUCAGAGAGCCUUCAAUAGAUCAGUAUGAGGUGCCAAGAUCGAUACCAAUUGCCAGUAUAGCUGGAAUAUCUCCAGAUGAUCGAAGACAUCUAGAAGGUAUAUUAUCGCAAAUAGGAUCACUGACUGCAGUGGCUGAAAAAAGCCACACACUCAGCAACUCUAGACUAGUUAUAUCAGCCCUGCAAAAUGAUUCGAGGGCAACAUUCAAUGGAAGAGCUAAAUUGAGGCGCAAAACCGAUGAGGCAGCGGAAAUAGCCACUGAUGAGAGGAAUUGUAAUUCACUCAGCUCAUCAAUCUCUUCCCUCCGUGGAACAUUACCCACCACUAGGCCGAGUUCGUCGGUCCUAGAAUCUCAACAGAAUAUAACAUUGAAGAAUGACUUGAGUAGCUUUAGGGAUAAUAUUAAGGAACCAAUAAUCAAUAGCAAUUCGACAUUAAGAUUGCACAAGACCCACACGCUAAAUGGUAAAGCCAAUAUACCAUUAGUCAAAAAUAAAUUGCUGUUGAAUUUGUUGAGACAGGGCUCAGGUAUCGAUGAUUCUGCUCUCAAUAUCGUCACGUACACAAAUGUAAAUACUGAUUCUACUAGAGUCAAUUAAUCCAGGAAAAGAAAGGAAAGGAAUGGAGGAAUGUGCCUUUAUCGCAUUGUCAUUUAUGACGACAUCAAGCAAUGUUCAUCCUUGUAAUCACUACGGUAUUUAUUGAAUGAGGCUGGAUAUUUAGAUAGUGUUUUUUAAGAGCCAACGUAUUUAUUUUUAUCAUAAAUUGUAUAAAUUUGUUAAGUUUUAUAUGUAAAAACAACUGACAGAAAUUUGAUAUCAUGAGAGUUGUACUAUAUAUGGGUUUUUGUCGUAUGAAUAUUUAAAUUUGGGAUGAAAAAUAGAUUAAGAUUUUUAUAAUGGUGUAUAUAAUUCGAGAGGAAUCGCCUGAAUUACUGUCUUCAUUUUUUGGAGGGGCAAAGUAUUUUAUCUGUCUUUAUUUCUUUUCAUGUGGAUGGAGAUCUGUCUUCCUAAUGCGCUCACUUUUUCUAUGGUCAUAACUUACUGUAAUGUACAUAGAAGAUAAUUGUUGACCAAAGAAUAAAUGUUUACCAGUUAAUCAUA